AUAUAGCAAACCAAAGAAGGGUGAACAUAACAUGAGUGAGAGCGUGUAAAUAUCGAGCGAUGUUGAGUAUCUAUCAGCGCCGACGCCGAGGAAUAGUAGCCAGUACGACCGCUGCUACAGCAGAAGGUUGAAUAGAAGAGUCUUAGGAGGAAUAUAUCACCACGAUAUACAUAUUUCAGUCUCAACAAUUUUAUAACGACACCAACCAGUUCGCCGCGAGUUCUCGUCAUCAGUACGUCGUUCUGAACCUUCCAAUUAGUGUGCAUAUGCAUAUUACAUAUACAACUGUUAAGUUUUCAUUUUUUGAACAAAUAAAUAUACAAUUAGCUGAAAAUAAUAGACAAGAGAAUUAUCAAAACCGAUAAAUAUUUAAAAAAAAGUGAUAGUGUUAUCUAGACAUAAGCACAAGUGAAUUAAACUGCAGUACUUGAGUCCUGCAACAAAAUUUAUCUGUUGAAUUUAUCAAUAUUAUCUGUGAUCCUUCAUUAAAAAAAACAACAACAACGAAUAGAAGCAAUAAUAUUCAAGAGAGUUUUGUAAGUUAAGACAACCGAGCAGUAAUUACUUUUAAAAGUCGUCGAGGUGUCAUGAGAGGCGGCUUCACAAUCCGCCCUUCUUAUUUGUCCUACGUAGAGUCAUGCAUGUCGCGCCCUUCAAACGAGUGACACCAUUCUAUCAUUCUGAUCAGUCAUUGUGUGACUGCAAACAAUGUGAUUCAGAUGACGUUACUAUGUCACGAACUUGUCAUGUGGUUGGUUUAAAUAUGGAGCUACACAUCCUAAUUUGAGGAAUUGGAUAAGAAAAGUUUUUGGCUAACGGCCUAAGAUUUAUCAUUGACAAGAAGUCAUAUGCCAAAUGUACGUCAAUGUCAUGGUUAACGUCAAUAUUUUUUUGAAAUUAAAAUCAAAUUCCUGAUGAUUAUUCCCAGUUAUGAUCAUAUAUUUGGUCUUGAUGCAACAAGGAAUUCCUAUCCUUUAAUAUGAUAAUAAUGUUGAUGUUAUCAAAAAUUUAUAAAUAAAUAUCACAACCAGAAAUGUAAGAGUAAAAAUGGCGUUUUAUUAUGCUGAUGAAACCAGUGAAGAAAUCGUCGUAGCUGGAUGUGAACCAGUUGCUUGAGGAAUGUUUAACGCAUCGGCGAAUUUUAUUUUCUCUGUUCAAGAGCGAUUAAAUUAUUUAUUGAGUGGUGCUACAGUGGGAUACGAAAAUACAGGGCGAAAUGGUGAGGUGUACAACGAAGAGAAUCUAUCAAAUCCCGGAAGUAUUGUUGAAGCCUCGAGUACGACCAAAGAUACCGGUGGAAGUAAAAAUGGAUGGAGGCUCCGUCGGAGUUCGUCACAAGGCAAAGACAAUGAAUUGGCUUUUCGUUUGGGGAAUGACGAAGAAGGGAGUGGAAGACGCGGAGGGAUGGAGGGGAAGGACCCAGAGGCGGACGACUCUGUUCACCUCAAGAGACGGGUGGGACUCGUCAGUGGGGUGGCUUUAAUUGUUGGUACAAUGAUUGGAUCAGGAAUUUUUGUUUCACCGACCGGCCUUUUAAUUCGAACUGGCAGUGUCGGGUUGAGUUUUUUGGUAUGGACAGCAUGUGGUGUACUAAGCUUAUGCGGUGCUCUAGCAUACGCAGAGCUAGGAACAAUGAACACCAGUAGCGGUGCUGAAUAUGCUUACUUUAUGGAUGCUUUUGGAGCACCACCAGCUUUCUUAUUUUCUUGGGUAUCAACAUUAGUCUUGAAGCCAUCACAAAUGGCGAUAAUAUGCCUAUCAUUUGCCCAAUAUGCUGUGGAAGCAUUUGCUGAAGAAUGUGAACCACCAGAACAUUUGGUGAAGCUUGUAGCGCUUCUUGCUAUUACAGUUAUUCUUUUAAUUAAUUGCUAUAGCGUGAAUCUUGCAACUGGCGUACAAAAUACCUUCACUGCGGCCAAGCUCAUUGCCAUCCUGGUUGUCAUAGCUGGUGGGUCGUGGUCUCUUGCCAAAGGGAACACUCAACACCUCCAAGGUGCAUUUAAAAUGUUGGAUGGCAGUGAUUCUAUCAACAUCGGUAGACUUGCAACUGCAUUUUAUACGGGAUUAUGGGCUUAUGAUGGAUGGAACAACUUAAACUAUGUCACUGAAGAAAUUAAAGAUCCUUCGAAGAAUUUACCUAGAUCGAUUAUGAUUGGAAUUCCUCUCGUUACCGUCUGCUAUGGACUCAUUAAUUUAUCCUAUUUAGCAGUUAUGUCACCUAUGGAAAUGAUUGAAAGUGAAGCGGUGGCUGUAACCUUUGGAAACCGAAUUUUAGGAGUAAUGGCUUGGUUAAUGCCAUUCUCAGUGGCUGUGAGUACUUUUGGUUCAGCAAAUGGAACCCUUUUUGCGGCAGGAAGGUUGUGUUUUGCUGCUUCUAGACAAGGUCAUCUCCUAGACUGCUUGAGCUAUGUACACAUACGUCGAUUUACACCUGCGCCGGGACUCAUUUUUCAUUCUUUAGUGGCAGCUACAAUGGUACUAUCUGGAAAUAUUGAUUCUUUGAUUGAUUUCUUUUCGUUUACGGCUUGGAUAUUUUAUGGAGGUUCAAUGCUCGCUCUCUUAGUGAUGCGCAAAACACGACCUAAUCAUCCUCGACCUUAUAAAUGUCCACUUGUCAUACCUAUUUUUGUGCUAGGAAUCUCAAUGUACCUGAUAGUUGGCCCGAUUAUUGAUAAUCCACAAAUCGAGUAUUUGUAUGCCGCUGGUUUUAUCGCUGCUGGCAUGUUAUUCUACCUCCCAUUUGUUAAAUAUGGAUACGUGCCCAAGUUUAUGGAAAGGGUCAAUGUUUUUCUUCAAAUGCUCCUAGAGGUGGCUCCAACUGCUGCCGCGUAUGAUUAAUUAUAAUCAUGAUUCAAUUAGACUAUUUAGGAUGAUUGAAGAACUGAUAUCAACAAAAAAUUUUUUUACUAUUUCAU